AUGAAGGACACAUUCGACGAACACGUCGCCAUCUUCUGGGACUAUGAGAAUUGUACACCGCCGAGCACUGGGCCUGGCUACGACGUCGUCAACAACAUUCGCCAAAUUGCGCUCGAGUACGGCAGCGUCAAGUUGUUCAAAGCGUACCUGGAGCUAUCCGAGCAGUCGUCGUCGAAAACUAUCGGGUUACGUUCCGAACUACAAUCAUGCGGGGUCUCCCUGACCGACUGCCCCCACAACGGAAGGAAGGAUGUUGCGGACAAAAUGAUGAUCGUGGACAUGCUCACCUAUGCAAUCGACAACCCUGCACCGGCCACGGUGGUUCUCAUCUCCGGGGACCGCGACUUUGUCUACGCCGUUUCUGUGCUUCGCUUGCGCAGAUACCGUGUAGUCGUCGUCGCUCCCAACUCCGCCCACACGAGUCUCAAAUCCCAGGCCUCCGUCGUUCUAGACUGGGAGGCGCAUAUUAUGCGUAGGACGCUCCCCCGCCUACUAGCGCCCGAGGCAAAUCUUCAAGCGCCUACGGAUGACGUUCUGCAUCGCUCUCCUAGACGUCCGCCUUUGACGUUUGGGGGAACGCUGCCGCCGGUCACCCCGAAGUCGCACCGUCGUCCGUCGUUCAGAGCGGCCGCUUCCGCCCCAAUAGCCGGCUUGAACGGCGGUGCCGGAACUUCUGGUGGUGUGUCGUUCCAAGGACACCAUCGGAGUUCCUCCGGGAUCACGGACGACGGCUGUUUUCUCUCUGGUCCUGAACAUAUGGCGGACCGUCCAUUCUACCCAGCCGCUGAGCGUCAGACUGUGAUCCCGUCAGCCAUCGAGGAUGAGGAUGAUGAAGAAGAGGCCAUAUCCGCGGCUCGACAGUCGAUACCUGACAUUGUCGACGUGAUAGAAGAUUUACAGGGGAGGAUAGGUGGAAAUAUCUCUACGUCUAAGCAGGAUACGCUCUCGCAAUCCGCCGCAAAACAGGCACCGCAGCCCAGCCCUGUAGCAGUCACAGCGAGCGCAAAGGGCCUCGCGAGCGUCGAUCCUGUAGUGAAAACACCUCUCGCACCGCCCGUACUGCCGCCCUCCAAAACUGUAAUCAUCCCAGAUACGGUCGAUUCCCCGCCGAAAGCACCCCGACUGCCCCUCCCGCAGAAAUACGAGCUCCUUGUUCGCGUAUUGAAGGAGUCUAAAGCACGUGGAGUCGAAUGGGCCUCGCGCUCUCAUGUCGGCGUACGGCUCAAGCAACUCGACCAGAAGGUCUACUCGAAGGCAGGCGUCACCUCGUUUAAGCAGUACACGGUCGCGGCUGCGGAUGAAGGGAUCGUGAUUUUAGGGGGUUCCCAAGCUCAAGCAUGGAUCACUCUCAGCCCAGACUACGACGGUUAACGACACAGCUAAGAGCUUCCAUCUAAGUAUCCCACAAGGCCGAGCGCCGAAGCUGUGCUUCU